CCAAAGACUCCACGUACCUGCUUGUAAGUGUGUGGCGACUGUCAGUCUCUUCUUCUACUUCUACCCAUCUCUUUCUCCCUGCCAUUAUUUUAUUCAUCACACCCCCAUCAUCUACCUCCUCUUCACCACCAAACAAACAAAUCCAAAAAAAAAAAAAAACACCAAACACCCUUCAACUCUCUCUCUCUCUCUCUCUCUAUAAUGGCAAUCACUUUCUCCAACUUCUCCACCAACCCUUUCACUCUUGCCUCCUCCCCACCUCACCACUAUCACCACUCUUCACCUCAAACCUUCACCAUCACAACCCAUCACUUCCCCACCACCACUACCACUACUUCACGCCUCUUCACUCCUUCUCUCAUUACUUUCACCACCUUUCACAAGCGUCCCACCACCAUAACUCACUCCACCUUCAACACCGGCGGAGGCGGUGGCAUAGGCGGUGGAGAAGGAGGAGGAGGAGGAGGAGGAGGAGGAAGAGGUGGAGAUAGUGGUAAUGAUGAUAAUGACAAUGGUGACAAGGAAAGGAACAAAGAAGAGGCUGUGAUGGCCUUGUUAGAGGCUGGCAGGUCAGUGGAGACUGUGCCAAAGGACUUCGCUGCGGCUAUAGAGGCUGGAAGGGUACCUGGGUCGAUUGUUAAGAGGUACUUUGAGCUCGAGAAGUCGGUACUGUUCCGAUGGUUGCUUCAGUUUGGUGGGUUUAAGGAGCGUUUGCUUGCUGAUGAUCUUUUCUUGACAAAGGUUGCCAUAGAGUGCGGUGUUGGCAUCUUCACCAAGACCGCAGCAGAGUUGGAGAGGCGUAGAGAAAAGUUUACCAAGGAGCUAGAUUUCGUUUUUGCUGAUGUGGUGAUGGCCAUCAUAGCAGAUUUUAUGCUUGUCUGGCUUCCUGCUCCUACUGUUUCCCUCCGCCCGCCUCUUGCAGUCGGUGCUGGAUCAAUUGCUAAGUUUUUCUAUGGCUGUCCUGACAAUGCGUUUCAGGUGGCUUUGGCUGGAACAUCUUAUUCAUUUUUACAGAGAAUAGGUGCAAUAGUGCGUAAUGGAGCCAAACUAUUUGUAGUUGGGACUGGUGCAUCUUUGGUUGGUACAGGGAUAACAAAUUUGUUGAUCAAUGCACGAAAGGCUAUUGAUAAAUCUUUCGCUGGUGAAGCAGAGGAUGUGCCUGUAUUAUCAACCAGUGUUGCAUAUGGUGUUUAUAUGGCAGUUUCUAGUAAUCUAAGGUACCAAGUUCUCGCUGGAAUAAUUGAACAACGAAUCCUAGAGCCCAUGCUGCAUCAACACAAGAUUAUUCUGAGUGCUAUUUGCUUUGUUGUUCGAACUGGCAACACAUUCUUGGGGUCAUUGAUGUGGGUGGAUUAUGCACGCUGGACUGGAAUCCAAAAGAUACGGGAGUAGAGGCUGGAAAAUAUCAUUUUCAUCAUUAUUGUACCAAGAAUUUCCUUGAAUCCCCACAUGUCGUGGUCACUUGUGAACAUCUGCAGAAAAAUCCAACUAUAAAUUGAGUCGCAUUCAUGUUAGACAAUUGGUGUUGGUGCCAUUCUAAUGGUGUGGUACGAACUGAGCAGGCAUUGACAACAGGGUGGCUAAAAUAAAUUCUAUUCGGAAUUCUAUUUGUUAUAUUUGUAGUGGUUAAAGAAUGCAUUCUAGCGUUUGCCUUGGAGAGUUGGAGGGCAAAGCAGCGUAACAGCUUUGUUAAUGUGAAUAUAUUAAUUGUUAAGUAAAUUUCAUUUGGCUCCCUUUAUGGCACUUGAGUUUCAA